GCAUCGCCGCCAGCCUCCGCGGUGUCGCCGGCACCGCGCCCUCGCGCGACGGCACCCGCUCGGACAUGGGCCGCGCGCGGGCUGGUCAUCGUCUGCAACCUGCUCACCGCAGGAUGCGGCGCCGACCCUGCAGAUGAAGGACUGGCCAAGGACCUGCUCCCCGACAAGAAGGACGACGCCUGGACGACCUCCUCGCGGUUCAAGAGGGACCUGGUGGAGCUACUCGGGAGCGGCGGCGAGACCGUGCUCGAGCUGGGCGCCCACGUCGGGCACUGCACCCGCGUCCUUUCGCGCCUGUUCGGCGCGGUGAUCGCCGUGGAGCACUCCGAGGCG